GUCAUGCAAUAGAUGGGGCCUGCCAUUCAAUCGAAUGUCAACGGCGUGGAGACAUGCGCGAUGGAGACUCAGGACAUGGUGAAGGGUAUUGCAGGUGUCAGCAACGAAGGGAUAUCGGCCGGAGUAAACACCACGGACUGUGCAGUGGCCCUUGCGGGAAUUUGUGCGCAGGCUGCAGACUUGAGCACGGAUGGCGACACGAGUGAUGAUGGUGCAGAGUGUCUUGUUCCAUACGAGAAUGUUGAGAGGACGAGAGCAGGAGGACACUUCUCGUAUGACGUCAAUUGGGUGCUUGGUCGUCUUCAACCGGGUACCGUUGGAGGAACGCUGUUGAAACGGGGGCUGAGAAGAGGGAGUCGAAAGAGCAUCACAGAAGCGGUGCCGGCCUCUCCGCGACAACGCACACCCCAAGCGGAAGAAGAGGAGGAACACGACCGUUCCACGCCAGAGAAGUCAGACGGUGCGGAGGAUGAGGAGGGGGGAAACGAGGGAGACGACAGUGGUCCUUCCCGCGGGCAGUCGCAAGACACCGACGACGACGACAACAGCGACGACAAAUCGGCCAGCCAGAGUGCCGGCGAAGACCGGAGCGCCACUUCGGAAGGAGAUGAUUCGCCAUCUCCUUCGAGGACGCUGCGCGGCGAAGGAAAACGGCAGGCACGCAAUGGCAGCGACACCGAGGAGCCUGUCGGUGACAGACAAAUCGUGCAGCACGUGAGCGCCACUGGAAAAGGGUUAGGAUCGCUGAAGCCAAGGCAUGCUGCUUGCCCUGUCAUCAUGCACCCCUCAAGCAAUCAACUCGGGUCCUCAGACUUCAUUCAUAACGAAAUAUGGUUUUCUGCUACAGUAACGUAUUAGUUUUCAUUUUUUCUCUCAAAAUGCUUGAAGAUCAGUAAAGGUGCACACGGUUUUCCAAUGAAACAUGUAAACAAUU